ACACUCUUGUACAGUAGGUGGCGGUAUGCACCUUAAAGUUGUUGCGAUCCGCCAGGAAACGGAGAGAAGAAGAAGAAGAAGGAAGCAGCAGCAGCGUUAUCGUUAACGUGAUGACAAGCAGCCGAGGAGGGUGAUUUAAAGUAGAAACUGAUGAUUUCCGCCCUGAAACCUUCGGAUAGUAAAAUAAUAAUUAUAAUAAAAGCGUUUGGAUCGUCCUCAGAGAGGCUCUGGGUAGUUCUGGAGGAGCGGAUCUGCUGUUCUGGGGAUCGUUUCUGAUCGGACUAAAUGAGGAUGAGUUCCUCGUCCCACCUCUCUCCUCCUCCCUCUCCUCACUCCGCUCCCCUCCCCCUCUCCUCCUCCUCCUCUCUGACUCGCUGUCCUGAACUCGACUUGUCAGUCACACUCGGCUCCGCCCACACACACCUGAAGCCCCGCCCACUGAAGACGAGGCAGCAAAAUGACCAAUCACAGCUGAAGCCCAGCCCCCAAGGACAGAUGGGAAGAAAGGGGAACAUACAGGUGUGUCUUGAAGAGCCGGUGGUUGUCACGGUUACCGCGGAGCAGAGCAGAGACGCCCCUCCUCAGCAGCCAAUCAGAGGUCAAAGGAGAAGCAGAGGAUGUAGUCAUGCCCCCAGACAGUGGGUGGAGCCCCCUGCUGCAGUAUCCAAUCAAGAUCCAGGUUAUCUGGAGAGGGCGGGGCUAAACACCACUCUGGCUCUGAAGGCGGAGCUUCAGUCACUUCAGGGGGCGGAGUUUAACUCCCAGAAGGCCGUUCAGGAGAUGCUACGGAGGUCCGAGAGGACCAAAAACCUAAUCAACACCAGAGCUACUGAAGAAGUGAACGUCUCUCGCUCUCAGCAUCUCUUCACCUCUCUGGUGUGUGUGGAUGUUCUGGAGGAUCAGCUAAUCAGCCAGGUGCUGCAGCAGAGGCUCCUGCUGCCCCCCUGUCACCAUGGCAACAAGGCAGCAAAUGGGCCAUCCCUUCUCUUCUUCAUGACCUCUGACCACCUCAGACAGAAGCCCCUCCCACCAGAGGAGGGGCCUGGAAACUACAAGUCCUUCCCAUCGCCACGUCCCGCCUACUCGACCUUUGACCUCUACAGAAGAGGGAGAUGCUGAGGCCAUGCCCUGACACACACACACACACACACACACACACACACAGAGGAGAGCUCUGAUUGGCUGGCUGUACUGAUGCGUGCAUUGGUCAGACUGAGCGAUGCCAUUGAAUAAUAAUAAUCUAUUUUUUAAAUAAUAAAUAUAAACUGAAUCUGUUUUAUUGCUGUAAAGAGCUACGCUUUGUUUUUUCUAAUAAAGUCUUCAAACAUGCUCA